AGGUAUUCGAGCUUUUUUAUUUGAACGAGUUUACCGCAUUAAUAAAUAAUGAUAGUUUAAUAAUUGAACCUAUUUAGUGUUUGUGUAGACAGGGGACGCUGGGAAAUCAUAUUACAAUUUUCAGUUUUCAUAUUUUAUAUUUAUGUUUCUACACAAUGAGUAAUAAUAACUCUGUUGUGUUCAGUUUUUGUAGAUUGUUGAAGAGCUAAAGAUCAGCAUGCCAAGCGAACUUGGUACAAAUGGCAGACAUAUCCCUACCAAUGGGCGGCAAUGGUAUACAAUAAAACUGUGUGAUGUUUUGCGGCAACGGGAUGUGGUCGGCCCUCACAAAUCCAACAGAGCCAAUGUUCCACAAUGGGAUGCAGUGAAACCUCAUGAAUCUGACACAGCCAAAUGGGACCCAGUAAGACCUGAACAAUCUGACCCAAUCAUUUUAAGUCAGUGGCGUACAGUAAGGCCUUGUGAAUCUGACAAAGUCAAUGUGCAGGAAUGGGGCCCAGUAACACCCCAUGAAUAUGAGACAGCCAAUGUGCAACAGUGUAGUGCAGUAACACCUUAUGAAUGUGACACAGCCAAUGUGCAACAGUGUAGUGCAAUAACAUCUUAUGAAUCUGACACAGCCAAUGAGCAGCAGCGGGAUGCGGAAAAUAAUCAGGAAUCUGGAACAGAGAAUAAUCAGGAAUCUGGAACAGAGAAUAAGCAGGAGUCUGGAACAGAGAAUAAGCAGGAGUCUGUAACAGAGAAUAAGCAGGAGUCUGGAACAGAGAAUAAGCAGGAGUCUGGAACAAAGAAUAAGCAGGAGUCUGGCACAGAGGAUAAUAAGGAAUCUAAUGAAGAGAGGAAUCGUACCAUACGGGAAUUGCUAUGUGCCUUGUGUGAUUGCCUCCCCAAUUUAAUUGAGUUGAUACAAAAUGCUGCAGGUGGAGAAGACCUAAAUCUAGCCGAUAUAGCAGGUAAUGCAGUGGAUCUUGCACAAUCAACCAUUGAUGUGGUCGAAGCGGCUGUCGAAGUUUCAGAAGCAAGAGGAAAUAAUCAAGAAUCCGGAGCAGAGACAGCGCCAGAAUCUGGUGCAGAUACAGGUCGUACCGCAGGGAAUUUAGCAUGUGCCAUGUGUGGUUGCUUCAAAAAUUUAUUUAAUGUGAUAGAAAGUGCUGCUGCCGGAGAAGAAAUAAAUGUAGGAGAUUUAGUAAGCGAUGCAGUGGAUCUUGCACAGUCAACCAUUGAAGUGGUCCAGUCUGGUGCUGAACUUGCAGCCGCAUUAGAUACAAAAGAGUAA